AUGCCUCGACCUCCUCAAGACGCUGCCGACCCCCCCUCCCGACCUGACCAAGGAAUGACCAACCCGCCCAAGGACUACUGCUCCAUCUCCGUCCCCGCCAGCCUCAGCAAGGACUGGUCCAGCUACACCUCGUCGGCCUCGUCCUGGCUCAAAGCCCACUCCAGCGACCUGGCCAAGUGCCCCGGCGCCGGCCAAGUCACGUCCAAGAGCCCCAUCGACUGCAAGGCCGGCAGCGGCAGCGGGGUGGACAACCCUACCAAGACCGGAGCUGCUUCCCGCGAGACCGGAGUGGCCCUUGCUGCCGUUGCCGCCGCCGGCCUUGCCCUGGCUGCCUUGUAA